GGAUCCUCCCGUGGCGGGGCACGAACCCGCGUCUCCUGCAUCGGCAGGCGGACUCUCAACCACUGCGCCACCAGGGGAGCCCCUCCGAAAAUUUUUAGCCAGAAUUAAUUGUUCCUUCUUGGGCACUCCCUAAGCUGUUGACUUGUAUUUUCGUCAUGACACUUAGCACAAUGUCUUGAACGAUAAUCAACUGUUUAUAUGCUUUUUUCUCCAACUAGAUAAGGUCUUGGUGGUGGAGAAAUUGUCUUACUCACUUCUAAAAAGCCAUCUAGCAUUGUGACGAACAUAAUAGACAUGUAAUAAGUGUUUGUUAAAAAGGGUUCUGACAAGGAUACCUUGCCAAGUCAGCAGAAUUAUUAUUAUUAUUAUUAUAACUACUCCAAUAUGUGCCUUUACAGGGCAUAAUUACAUGGGUUGUUGGCAUGAAUUCGAGUAGAGCUGGGUGGGGUUUGAACGGAGCAACCCACACAGGGACUUAUUUACAUAAAUUCUGGCUUCAUAUAUUUUUGUUUUCUCUUUGCAUUAUUCCCUUACACUAAAAUCCACACAUUAAUGCAGCAAGCAUUCUUAUAGCUUUUAAUUGGGUCAGAUGUGAAUUAUUAUGGAGUCUGCAAAAAGCCUUCUAAUCCUCCCAUGUUGUUACCAUAUGACAAAUGAGGCUUAUAGAAGUAACUGAUUAGGUUCUUGUCUAAAUUUCAGCUAGAACUUGGGAUUUAUUUAUCCAUGUAUUCUAAAAAUCAUUUCAAUGUGUUUUUGCUAUGUGCUAGACACUUGCUGGGCACUGGACAAAGGUAGUGGGGAUACACAGUAUUCAAGACAAGUAUUCUGUAUGGAUAAACAGGAAUCUAAACUAAGAGGCCAAAGGAAAAAACAAAACAAAAACAAAGCCAAACAAACAAAAACAAACGCUGUGGUUCCUCUGAAUGAAUUUGGAAACAGAGCUGGGGAUCUUUGAUCCUAGUUUAACACACUAGUGAUUUUUUCUUUUUGUGGUAAUUGGAUCUAUCAACUUGAAUGAAGGUAGUGGUCAUAUUAGGGUAUGUCUAUUGCAGUGAUGGAAAAUCUGCAUUUAAAACAUAUGGGGCUUACUCUUAAGAGGAAUUUCACUCUAAGACAAAGGGAUAAAGAGAAGAGUGGUUGGGCCACAAGAAACUGUGCUAAGAAUUAUUGUCAUUUUCAAGACUGAGCUUGGGCAAGUAACCUAACCUUGUUAGCUUAACUGUAAAACUGGGAUAAUAACAGACUGUUCCUAGAUUUCCUUGGAGAAUUAGAUUUACAAACUCAGGAAGAAACUAUGCUGUCUUUCCAAUUUUGUGGAUGGAUCAAUUUGACGUCCAUAGAGACUAUUAGAGGUAUAUGCGAAAAAUACAAAUCAAUUACUUUCUCUCUUGAAAUUCACUAGAGUGACCCAGAGACCAUAGUUCUGGAGUGUAAGGAAUGAGGGGCACCAGAGAAAUAUGUAUUUCUUUAUCUGAUUUUGUAUGUGUGAUAUAUGGAUAUUUCUCAUCAAUUUAUGGUGUUUCAAAUGUAUCCUUAAAGCAUAAAUUUUUUAAUGAGACAUACAUUUUUAUUUUCCAUAUCUUCUUUGUAAACCUCUGAAAUCACCUCAUGUAUUUCAUUUAAAGCAAAAAUAUUUUAAAAUUGAGAAGCUAUGCAUGCAAUUUCUUUCAAAACACAAAGCUUACAAAUUUGCAUCAAAAUAAAAAAUCAAGACUGCUUAAUUGAAACCUUGACACCAUCAACCUCUUUAAUUAUGUGUUAAAGAGACAGGCAUCCUGGGGAUACCAACUUAAAAUCAGGGUACAUUUUGAGGGUUUCUGUUGUGUGUACAUAUGUAAUUCACGGAAGGGGAAAAAAGAGGUGCUGACAUAGAAAAGAAAGAGAUGAUAUAAAAUUUCUCUAGAUGUGAAUCCUUUCACAGGUUAAAAACAGUUAGGAAGAGGGCAAAUUUGUCUUUUCAGAAGAAGAACACAGAAUAGAAAUUUAGGACAAAAUGUUUCACCUCUUUGCUAGGUCUAAAUUUCAGUGAAUGCUCUCUUUUGAAACAACAAAGAUUUUUUACAAUACUAAUUGUUACUUAGAAAACACAGUUCUAAGGCUUGACUACUGGUUGCUUGGAUGUAUUCUACAGACCAUACUGAGUAAACGGAGGAGAAGAAGGAUGUUUAUUAUAAAUUUCGCAGUAAAAUGACUGCUUUUCUUUACAUCUUAAUUCUUGUUGUCUUCGCUCUUCUGUGCCUAUUCCCGAUUUCUUUUGCUAAUGUGGAACCCAGCAGCUCUUUGUUCUCAUUGUGUCUGUUGUCUCCCUUUCUUUGUGUUGCAGGGAUACUGCUACCCACAUCUGCCACUGAGCAUGCGGAAAAUCCUUCAAUAGAUUCUUUACUUAGGACUUUCAGUAGUAUUACUCCACUUCUCCAGGUUUUAGUAAUAACCAGUAUAUCUAGAAGAUAGACUGAAACUUGGAAAGGUGAUGGGUGAUACAGGUGGUUAGGUGGUGGUCUAGCAAGCUGGGACACCAGAUAGGAAGGCUCAGGGUAGUUAUCACACAUAUUUAUCCAAUUUACGGAAGAUCUCACCAAGCUAGUUAAAUGCAGAUCACUCACCCUACACACAGAAGUUGGAGAUAUAGAUUGACAACUGACAAGACACAAGUGUUUCUGAGCAGGAAGCCACAGAGCUGUAUCUAAAACCAACGGAUACAAUAACCAGUUCCAGAGGGAUGUGGUACAUUGACACAAAGAUUGGUAUGUAAAGUCCCAGAGCAGGGACCUUCACUAGAUAGUAUAUCAUCUGAGGAUGAGAACCAGUUGUGUGGAAGUUUCUCAUAAUAAAAUCUCAGACUUUUCUCUGUGUUGAACACCCCAAAAUGCUACAUCAAUAUCAAUUGAAUGAAAAGACUCAAUUCUUCUGCUUAAGCCACCCCUCACCCCGCUUUUACAAGCAGAUCUACCAAUAAUUUCCAGAAGGUGUAAGAAAGGGCAAGUUUGCAGGUGCGAUUCGGGGUAUUGGGGUCGAGCUCUGAGGUUUUCUCUUUUUCUUCCCCAACCUCACGCCAGCAAGUCUGACCUAAUAGCUUGUAAAUUAUUUAACAGAUGGAACACCAUUCAACUUUACUCAUGUUUCUCCCGUAAUGACUUUUGCCUGUUUUGUUCACUUGAAUGCAUGGCCAGCUCUUCGAAUGGUAUCUGGCACAGAGUUAAGUGCUCAAAGAUCUUUUGUUUAAUGAAUGUAUAUAGUAUAAAAAUGUUUUUCUUUUAUUGCGGCAAACAUUGGUGGUAAUACAAUAGUUCAAACCGGACAGUUUUAGAAAAAACUGAACACCUGGCUCUUUAGUGGGGGGAAGGCCACUCUCCCCCCUCUUAGUGAGAGGGAGAUUUUCUUUCUCCUCGUCCUCUUCUCUCCCACCAUUUUGUUUUUGUAUUACCAAUCAAGGGAUUAAUAGCAUCACCUCAAAGCCUUUCCGUUCCACGUUUUUACUUUUUGGUUCUUAAGAUACCGUUUCCCGGUCCUUUGGUUUUCUAUAGGUUUAACUAGCUAGCGGCUGGUAGACGAUACGGUUAAGUCCAAGUGCUCUUGUAAGGUAGCGAACCGGCGGGCAAACGCUGCCCUCCUGCAGCGCAGGCACCUGCUGCGGCUGCUUUUUCUAGAACCCCGCCCCUAGCGCCGAAGUCAGCUCAGUUGGCUCCCUCCCCCGCGGCGGGAGGAAGUGCCGGUGGCGGGAAAGUUCGGGCCAGGUCCAAUCAGGCACCUGGGAUUGGGUAGCGCGGCCGGGGGCGGUGGCCCCCGGACCCCAGCCCGCGCUCCCGGCCCCGCCCCUCGGGAACGCCUCGCCCCCCGGCUGGUCCGAUACCCCCGCCCCGCCCACCCGGCGCCCGCGCCCCGCCCCGCCCGGGGGCCGCGGCUAAAACCCGGAGCCGCAGCAGCGCCCAAGGGACUGGAGGGAGGCUCUGAGCAUGUGCAGAGCAGCGCGGUGGCGGCUGCCUCGGCGAGAGGCAGCGGCCCGGUGCUGAUGCGAACAGCCGCCUCGGUCUCUGCCCCAGCGUAGUCGGCCCCCGGGCCGGGGCGGCAGGGAAGGAACCGUAGCCUCCCCGCGGCCCGAGGAGCCGGCGCGUCGGCGCGUACCCCGCCCCUCCCCACCCCCGGCGGCCGCGGCGCCCUCGGGGACCACGAUGAUGGCGGAGCAGGUGAAAUGCGCCUCGGCGGGGGGCGGCUCCGGAGCGGGCUCCGGGCCGGUGGUGAACGCGGAGCUGGAGGUGAAGAAGCUGCAGGAGCUGGUGCGCAAGCUAGAGAAGCAGAACGAGCAGCUGCGGAGCCGGGCGGCCAGCGCGGCCGCCGCACCGCACCUGCUGCUGCUGCCGCCGCCGCCCCCCGCCGCGCCGCCCCCCGCUGGGGCCUGCAGCCCGUUGGCUCCGCGGAGCCCCCCGGCCGCCGCUGCCGCCGCCUCGGGGGGACUGGGGCUGGGGCUGGCGUUGGGCGCUGGGGGCGGAGGCGGGGGCGGCAGCGGUGGCUCUGGCCCCGCGUUCCCGGGGACCUACUGCCUGCCCGGCCCGGCGCCUUCCCUGCUCUGCAGCCUGGCGCAGCCCCCCGAGGCACCCUUCGUCUACUUCAAGCCGGCGGCGGGCUUCUUCGGCGGGGGCGGCUGCGGCCCGGAGCCGGGGGGCGCGGGGACACCUCCCGGGGCCGCCGCCGCGCCGCCCUCGCCGCCCCCCACGCUGCUGGACGAGGUGGAGCCGCUGGACCUGGAGAGCGUGGCCGCCUGGCGGGACGAGGACGACUGCACCUGGUUAUACGUUGGCUCUUCAAAGACAUUCCCGUCAUCAGAGAAAUCCCUGAGCCCUUUGCAGUGGUGUAGACAUGUCCUAGAUAAUCCGACUCCGGAGAUGGAAGCAGCAAGGCGUUCCCUGUGCUUUAGACUGGAGCAAGGUUACACAUCCAGGGGCUCCCCUCUCAGUCCCCAGUCAUCCAUAGACAGUGAGCUGAGUACUUCAGAGCUGGAGGAUGAUUCUAUCUCCAUGGGAUAUAAGUUACAGGACCUCACUGAUGUUCAGAUCAUGGCUCGUCUGCAAGAAGAAAGUCUCAGGCAAGAUUAUGCUUCUACUUCAGCAUCUGUGUCGAGACCUAGUUCCAGUGUGUCACUGAAUUCAGGAAAAAAAGGGACAUGCAGUGAUCAAGAAUACGAUCGAUUCAGCCUGGAGGACGAGGAGGAAUUUGAUCACCUGCCACCACCUCAGCCUCGUCUUCCAAGAUGCUCACCUUUCCAAAGAGGAAUCCCCCAUUCACAGACUUUCUCCAGCAUUCGGGAGUGUAGGAGGAGCCCCGGGUCCCAGUAUUUUCCUUCAAAUAAUUACCAGCAGCAACAGUAUUAUUCACCUCAAGCCCAAACUCCAGAUCAGCAACCAAAUAGGACCAACGGAGAUAAGCUCCGAAGAAGUAUGCCUAAUCUAGCUCGGAUGCCAAGUACAACCGCUGUUAGUAGCAAUGGUAGUUCUCCAGUCACCGUGCGGAAUAGUCAGAGUUUUGACUCAAGCUUGCAUGGAGCUGCAAAUGGAAUUUCAAGAAUACAGUCUUGUAUUCCGUCACCGGGGCAGCUUCAACACAGAAUCCACAGCGUGGGACAUUUCCCAGUGUCUGUCCGGCAGCCUCUUAAAGCCACAGCCUACGUGAGUCCAACCGUUCAAGGCAGCAGUAACAUGCCUUUAUCCAACGGCUUACAGUUAUACUCCAACACGGGGAUCCCUGCCCCCAACAAAGCUGCAGCUUCUGGGAUAGUGGGCCGCAGCGCACUCCCAAGACCUUCGUUGGCAAUAAACGGGAGUAACCUGCCUCGAAGCAAAAUUGCACAGCCUGUCAGAAGUUUCCUUCAGCCUCCAAAGCCUCUGUCUUCACUCAGCACUCUGAGGGAUGGAAACUGGAGAGAUGGUUGCUACUGAUGCAGUUCUAUGUACGUUUGAACAGCUGGAAAGAAGUGGAAAUGAGGGUCGUGUUACCUAGCUGGCUGGGUAACAGCGGGUGUCGGGAUAUUCUUUCCCUUCUGCGUUUUAACAUAUUUACUGCAUUGUUUUUCAAUGGACCAAUCACCAGAGACUAAUUAUUGCACUUAAAUAUUUGCCUGAGAUACUGCAGCGUUCACAAAUCCAUGGUUGCAGUAUUGUGACACUUAGAGCUAGGAAGUUUUUGUAGAACUGAUAUGUACCUGAAUCCUUUUUGAGAGAAUUGAGAUGUAUCCAUAAUGCUUUCUUUGCCAUCUGAGUUUCUUAAAGUAACUUGUUCAAUUUACUUACAUGUUCUAAACAUCUUCCCAUUACAUGUUCUGUAUUUUAAUACACUGCAUCUUUACAACCAGGUUCUAUAACGUAUGCUUUGAAAUUCACUUUUUUAUAGUUUACAGGAAUUUUAUUUUUUGUGCCUAUUUCUUUUUACACCUACGUGAACCACUGUGGAACAACUUAAAUUUUGUGCCAUAAAAAUAUUUUUGUGGUAAGGUACUAUUUUUUUAGCUCUAGGGAUAUAUCAGCAAAAAUCCAUCAUAACAAUUUGAGAGACAUAAAAUUAUGUUGAAUGAGCACAAUGUAAUCUGAAGCAUUGAACACUGAGACAGCCAGACAACGAGUGAAAUGGUCUUGUUGUUUUCAUUGUUAAUUUAUUGUCAUACGUGGGUUUCAUAUUUAUAAUGGCAUCACAAGCUCAUUGCACUUAAUACCUGCAAUGUUUGCUACUGUACUACAAUUGAUUUUCAAUACUUUUACAGAAGAUGAAACUGUAACAUUUUAUUAAUAAUGCUUCUGGAAAUGAACGCAUUUUAAAGCAAAUAAAUCUUUUUGAUAGACCUUUUACAAAAUCCAUUUGCACUAAUGAAUGCUUUCUUAUGGUAUAUGACUUCAUAUUUGUUACUGUGUACACUGCUGUUUUGGAAUGUUCAGAAAUAAAGACUAUUUCAGCA